CUGGGAAAAAAAGAAAAAAACAUAGUUCAUCAAAGCCAACUCUGUCAGAGAGAGCAAAAAAAAAAAAAAAAAAGAAAAGAUGAAUUCCAAAACACUUGUUUUCGUUGCACUUUGUGCCUUGCUUCUCGUUGUUACUUCAACUAUCGCAGCCGAGACGAAAGUUGAAGAACCACAAAAGGGUUAGCGUGCAUUAAUCAUUCUUGAUUCUUUCAACGGCAAUGUUCAAUGAGAUUGAUUAUCCCUUUCUUGUAGUAAUUCUGUCACAGAAAAAUAAUCUAUUUUUUUUUAAACUGUGUAGGUCACAACAAAGUGAAUUAAUUUUUUUGCAACAGAAGGGACCAUUUGUUAAUAAUAUAUCUUGUUGUUGAUGUUGUUUAAAUUUAAUGCAGAGGACAACGUGAAGGAGGUUGAUGGGUAUGGAAGAGGAGGUUGUAGGUAUGGCUGCUGCGGAUGGUACCAUGGACACUGUGGAAAGUGCUGCAAAACAGCUGAAGAAGCAAAAGCAGCAGAAAUGAACAGCUUCGGCACCGACGGAUACGGUGGCCGAUACGGCGGUGGAUACCGUGGCGGGCAUUGCAAAUAUGGUUGCUGUGGAGGUCACGGCCGGUACUGCAGGUGCUGCUACACCCCUGAAGAAGCUCAAGCCGUACAGUUUGGAAACUAAACCCCCCGAUCGAACCAUAUGCACCCAUCCAAGAAUAAUGGUUAUGUACGCACGUAAUUAGUAGUAGUAGUUGUUGUUGUAAUCAAGUACAUCGAAUUUUUCCUUGGUGUGGAAAGAUUUGGUGUACUUAUGCAUGGGUGGUUUGUUGCUGAUUUCCGCGUACUAUCUUGACAUGUCCUGUAUUGUACAUGGCAUGUUAUAAAUAAAAAUAUUUGGCAGUCAUCAUUUGAUGACUUGCUUGGUGUGUGUUACAGUAUUUCACUAUGUUCUUUUGCCCUCAAUUUCAAUUUCUUUGUUGA